ACACUUCUCUCCCUUGAAACACUAAAAGUAGAACAAGGAAGUAUAACCUAUAUCAAAAUUCCUCGAAAACAAAGGAUGUUAUUUUGUUAACAGGUUUAAAAUUAUGUCGAGUUAUGUAAAUUUGGACAGAACUUUUCUCUUACAGAUAUCGUGGAAACUAUGGAAGUAUCAGGAAGAAGAGGGCGAGAGAAGGAUUUCUCAUCAUCUCUUUCACGUGGUUCUGAUGAUGCUGACCAGCUUUACUGUCUCCCGUGUAAACAAGAAGGAUCUCGGGUUCAAGCUUUCGGGUAUUGUCAGAACUGUGCCGAACAUUUGUGUGAGACCUGCUACAAAGUCCACACAAAACCAUCACCUCUCAGAAACCAUAUCCUCCUAGACAAAACACAAAUGCCAAAAACCCAGGAUCCAAGUAGACCAACAAUUCCCCAAGACUUGACUGAAACAUGCCAGCAACACAAUGGUAAAAUAAUAGAGUAUUUUUGCAAUGAUCAUAAAACGUUAGGUUGCAGCCCAUGUAUGACGAUGAACCACAGAAAUUGCAAGAUAGAUUACAUUCCAGAUGUCUCCAGGACCUACAUAGCCAGUCCUCAGUACCAGAGUCUUCUACAGGCCUUGCAGACUUUACAUGAAAAUGUGCAUGAAAUAGCUAAAUCAAUGAAAAAGAACAAGAAACUCAUUCAAGAAAAUCAGGAUAAAGUCAAGGCAGAUAUUCAGAAGUUUAGACAUGAAAUCAACAUUAAACUAGACGAAUGGGAAGCUAGAAUCUACAAAGAAAUUGAGAGUCUCUUUUCCCGAGAACAUCAGAGGAUAGAUUCAACACUUACCAAAUGCCACGAAAUGACAAGAAAGAUUGAAACACAACAAAGAAUGUUCAAAACACUUGAACGGGAUAAGAAAUGCAACAUGAUGUUCAUACAUGGCCAGGAAAGAGAAGAGUCAAUUAAAGGGGACAAGAAAACUGAACAGAAAUUGAAACAAGAAACUAAAGCUAUGGAUUACAUAUUUGAACCGAAUUCGACAAUCAAAAAUCUGCUGAAGACAGAGACUACCCUAGGAACGUUAUUCAACACUGGGGGAGAGUCCAAACCUACACCAAUACAAGAUCAGGUUGCAGAUAAUAGAACAACUUUAUCCACACACUUUCAGUUGGGACCAAGACAACACGCGAAUGUGUCAAGUUCCGGCGUUUCAGUUACACUAAUAGAUCAAAUUAAUGUUAAGACUGUCAGUGAUGACUAUGAUUGCAUGAUUAGAGGACUUGCAGUAAUUGACACAUAUAGACUUGCUGUUGCUGACUACUCAAACCACACCAUUAAGAUGAUUGAUUUGAAGCAGAUGGCAGUCGUUUCUAAGUUGAAAUUGAACUCAUACCCAUGGGAUGUGACAUUGUUACCAGACAACCAGCUUGCUGUUACACUUCCGAGUGAAGACUUGAUACAAAUUUUGUCAUUUUCUAAUGGUUUAUCUAAAGACAGGCAACUGGCAGUUAAAGGAGAAUGCUACGGGUUAGCUUUUAAAGAAAAAAGCCUGAUAGUUGGGAUGAAAGACGGAAAAGUAAGGAUACUAAAUUUAUCAGGGAAAGUUGUGAAAACAAUGGAGUGUGGUGUAGCAGAUUAUGUUUAUUAUGUUACAGUAUGUUCAAACGAUAGGUAUAUCUAUGCUUCAUGUGGUAGCCGUGUAACUUGUUUCAAUAUGGCCGGUGAAGAUUUAUUACGUUUUACACAUGAAAACCUGAUAAUUGCAGAUGGACUAGCUGUAUUGGAAGAUGGUUCUAUACUGGUAUGUUACUGUGGUAACAGAAGCAUUCAUCUGAUUUCAGAAAACAUGAAAAGCAGCAGGAUAAUACUGCAGGAAACGGAUGAGGAUAUGAAACCCUACUGUAUGGCGCUUGAUAGUGAAGAGAAGAAACUGUACAUAGGCAGCAUCGGAUACUACAACUGUAUAAAUGUGUACAGUCUGAAAUAGCUCAUGUUCAUUUGCAGUUAAUGUAGAUAACUACAAAUGGCAAAAACUGUUUUUGUAAUUGUAUUAUUCUGACUUCUUGAGAAUCUAUUCUACAGACGCAUUACAACUACAUUAAUAUAUACAAAAUUAUGUACCUUUUCUUUAUUUAUAGGUAAUGAAACUAUUUACAAUAAACUGAGACUCUUCUUGUAAUUGCCUA